AAUGGCAGCGGCCUUCGGUUUGCAUUUUGGUUCAACUUCUGGCUGUUUAGCCGUUUAUAAAGAUGGGAAAACGAAUGUUGUUGCCAAUGAUGCAGGUGACAGGACAACUCCGGCAAUUGUUGCUUUCACGGACCAUGAUCAAAAUGUUGGCCUGGCUGCCAAGCAAGGACUGAUCCGAAAUGCAGCCAAUACGAUAUGCAACGUAAAACAGAUUGUGGGGUGUAAAUAUGAUGAUCCUGCUGUGGCUGAAAUGAUGGCCAACAGUAAACUGAAAAUACUCGAUGUUGGUGGGAAACCAGUUUUUGAAGUGAAGGUCAAGGACAAACUGACAAAGUUUACUCCAAAGCAGAUCAUAACAAUGAUUUAUAAGGAUCUUUUAGAUACUGCUGCUCGUCAUGGUGAAGGGGACAUCCAUGACACUGUGAUGGCCGUACCUCCAGGGUUUACAGAUGAACAGCUUUCUGAAAUGUGUGAAUGUGCUAAAGCAGCUGGUUUCAACAUCUUGAGGGUUAUCAGUGAAGGCGCUGCAGCCGCUCUGGCUUACGAUAUCGGACAAAUUGAUACACAUGAUUACAGCAAUGUGGUCGUGUACAGAUUGGGUGGUACAUCACUAGACAUAACGCUACUCAACGUAAACCAUGGAAUGUACAGAAUCAUCUCAACUCAUGAAGACAAAACACUUGGAGGUGCUGCAUUCACAGACGUACUAGUUGACCAUUUUGCAGAUGAUUACAAAAGGAAAUGGAGGUCAGAUAUUAGAGAAAAUCUGCGGUCGAAGUUUAAGAUGAGGGCAGCAGCUGAAAACUGUAAGCACAUCCUUGCCAGAAUGGGGACAGCCUCAAGUUUUAUCGAAUCACUUCAUGAGGGAGUGGACUACAACUGCCAAGUUACUAGGGCAAGAUUUGAUGGUCUGUGCACUCCACUAGUACAAAGAUGUCUUGAACCUCUUGCCAGAUGUUUAGCUGAAGCUGGGCUCAAAAAAGAGGAUAUUCAUAAGGUUGUAGUCUGUGGAGGUACAAUGAAAGUUCAGUGUCUUCAGAAACAUAUCAGUGACUACUUUGCAAACGCAGAGAUUUUGAGCAGCAUCCCACCAGAUGAGGUGAUCGCAAUCGGUGCUGCGAAAGAAGCCGCCAUUUUGACAGGAAAUGAAGAUGACGCCAAAUUAGCUGAGAAGGAGACUACUUUAGAUUGCUUAUCGAGGGGUGUACAAGUAAAGAUACGAGGUGAAAAACAGCAAGUGUUUGUUCCGUUGACCCCUAUCCCUGCCCAUCGCCACAUCAAAGUGACCCUCUGUGAUGAAGAGAUGAGUUUAUACUUCGAAGUGCUUGAAGGCAGUGGUAAGAGUGAUGAAUCUAGGUUAUUAGCAAAGGUAUAUUUAGAUGAACUUCCAACUUGCUCAGAAGCUGUUAUAGUCUUCCAUCUUAAAAAAGAGGGGAGCCUACAUGUGACGUGUUCCGAAAAGAUGUCGGGACGUUCAGAGUCUAUCAUGAUUGGAAUCAGUUGAUAAAAACUUCUAGAGUAGUUAAUAGAAAAAUCGAAUUCUUCACCGGCUUCACAGAAUAAGGACAAAUCAAUAGAGGUGCCAUUCAUUGGUCCAAAGUCAGCUGAUUUCAUCAUGGGACAGUUUACCUGGAAACUUAAGUGUAAAAUAAUGAGAGUAGCUGUGUUAUUCUCUCAGCCAGCUUUGGUCUGAUUUGAAAGUUUUAAAAUUAAAACCAUGGCAUUGUUGCCCAAACUUUUUGGAGAAGAGGACUUUUACUGUGACGUUUGUAACAAGGGUUUUAAAAUCAUCUUGACUGUAUAACAUAGACACCAGGUUCCCCAGGGAACAUCCUGUGGAGUCCGCAAUAACCUCUCUGAGAAUCUCUCACCUCUGAGUCUUGGCCAGCCACCUCUUCUUCGAGGGAACCCACCCUCAGGCUAAAGGUCACCUCUAAACAAGGCCCUUGUAUGGACCAGGAGAUGCUCAGAGAGGUUGUUGCCGAUUCCACAGGGUGGGAAUGUAAACUGCUUAGUAAAAACAUUUGAUUCAGUUGCUGAGACUAAUAUCCUUUUGCUGAGUAAUUGAAUCUGUUUCGUUUGAAUCCUGUUUUACAAACUUCUGACGAAUGCUCUCACAAUCUUUUUAUUGAGUGGUGAUUUGAAAAACUUGUGGUACAGAAUGUAUGAAAUUAAAAGAGUUGUUUUCAAUAGCAGGGUUCAACCGGACUUCGAUGUAUUACUUGGGUACUGGAACUGUCUGAAUCGAAGUAUAACUUUCCCCUUGUGCUGUUUUUCAU